AUGAAGCUUAACAUCGCCAACCCUGCCACCGGGCAGCAGAAGCUCAUCGACAUCGACGACGAGAAGCGCAUCCGCGUCUUCUACGACAAGAAAAUCUCCAACGAGGUCCCGGCCGACUCCAUAGGAGAUGAGUGGAAGGGCUACAUGUUCCGCAUCACGGGCGGGAACGACAAGCAGGGCUUCCCGAUGAAGCAGGGCGUGCUCCUGCCGCACCGUGUGCGCCUCCUCCUCUCCGACGGGCACUCGUGCUACCGCCCGCGCCGCACGGGCGAGCGCAAGCGCAAGUCCGUGCGCGGCUGCAUCGUCGGCCCCGACAUCGCCGUGCUCUCGCUCGUCAUUAUUAAGCAGGGCGAGAAUGAGAUCCCCGGCCUCACGGACACGGUGCUGCCCAAGCGCCUCGGGCCCAAGCGGGCGACGAAGAUCCGCAGAUUCUUCAACUUGACCAAGGAGGACGACGUCAGGAAGUACGUCGUCAGGCGGGAGGUGAAGAGCUCGAAGAAGGAGAACGCGAAGCCCUACACCAAGGCACCCAAAAUCCAGCGGUUAGUUACCCCCCUCCGUCUCCAGCGUCGCCGUCAUCUCCGGUCGCUCAACCGCCGCCGGUUCGAGCGCCAAAAGGAGCAGAAGAGCGAGUACGAGUACGUAUGA